CGUCGAGCCCUCUGGCCCAAGUGGAGUGGACCUUAAAUAAGGGCUGGGCUUGGACCCGUAUGCUACCGUAGGGCUCACGUAUAAGCUGAUUCAGCUGGGGGCGAGAGGGAGACCCUUUCGUAUUGAUGUGGGGGUUUCGUGUUCCUUGUUCGUAGCACCAGGUUCGCCGCCUGACCCUUUACCCCCUUUGCUCCUUAGAGCCAUCACUUUGUCGGUUUCCUCGUCUGUACUGGGGUGAUGGGACGACCGCCCCAUAGGGCGGCGGUGGGACUCGAGACGAAGCCCUGCCCAUAGCGCUCCGUUUCUUUGCGUAGAGUCGGUAGAGGGACAUAGCCCAGUCUGCAUCCCAAAGGUCCCAAACUCGGGGUGGGGGGGGCAGCAGGUAAAUAAACAGAGUAACUGAUGUGACCCAGGGUAGGGAAAAUGACAGCCAGAUGCUUACAAGGCAGGAGAGUGUGGGCCUGGGAGCCACAAAGCCUCAGUCAGGCAACCCACACCCACUCUACCCCUUCGACCCUUGGCUUGGAAUCAUCCCACCGGCCUUCCGUGUCCUCAUCCCUAAGACGGAGGAGCUGGCGGUGAGCCGUGGGCCACGCUGGCCUCAGCCAGAUUUCCCGGCCAAACUCAGGAGGAGAGAUGCCCUGGACCAUCCUGCUCUUUGCAGCCGGCUCCUUGGCAAUCCCAGCACCGUCCAUCCUGCUGGUGCCCCCGCACCCCAACAGCCAGGAAGAUCCCAUCCACAUCGCCUGCAUGGCCCCUGAGGGCUUCCCGGGGGCAAAUUUCACACUCUACCGUGGUGAGCAGGUGGUCCAGCUCCUGCAGGCACCCAUGGACCAGCUUGGGGUCACCUUCAACCUAAGUGGCGGUGGCAGGGAGGCUCCAGGGGGCCCAUUUUACUGCCAGUAUAGGGUGCUAAGUGAGGACCUGAAGCCGCAGCUGUCAGAUCCCAGUGAGGUGGUCAACGUCUCCUACCCAGUGCCCACUUGGAUACUGGCACUCUCCUUGAGCCUGGCUGGAGCCCUCCUUCUCCUUGCUGGGCUGGUGGCCAUUGCCGUGGUGGUCAGGAAAGUUAAAGUAAAAAAUUUGCAGAAGAAAAGACAGCAAGAAUCCUGCUGGGUUCAGAUCAACUUCGCCACCACAGAUAUGACCUUUGAUAACUCUCUGUUUGCCAUCUCCAUGAAAAUGAAUCCAGAAGAAGAUGCAACCACUCUAGAUGCGUGCUCAGGCUCCGCCGAUACACCUGGCAGCUCUGGGCCCCGGAAAAGGCCCACCUCCACAUCAUCCUCACCUGAGCCCCCCGAAUUCAGCACUUUCCGGGCCUGCCAGUGAGGCUGAGGACCGGAGGCCCCUCUGUGUCUGUGCGUUCUCCAUUCAGCCCCUUCUCUCAAGGGCCUGAAGUUCCUCCAGCUACUUUGGGAUUUCUGGCUGCUGUUUUCUCAGGGAAUUGACAGAGGAGGCAAAGGGAAUUCUUGGCUUUGGGACCCUCCUCACAGAGAAGCAGGAGUAGCAGAGGGGGCACAGACAUUGCCCUGGAGUCUGGACAGAAAGCAGGAAGACUCUUUGUGGGUUCCCAGCUUCUCAGACCACGCGAGGAGAUGUUAGGAUCCCUGUGGCCCCGAGCUGGGCCAUAAGCGGUCUGGGCCCUCCACACACCCCUCCGAUUUCCUCCUCCCCUCGCCACAUCUGACUUGACCAACCCAACCGGGUUUUUGGAACAUAGGGUACCCGGGGUAUGUUCUGUUAGUCUGUCCUGCUGGGAUGCCUAAGUUAUUAAUUACAACAUGUGUUGGUUGAGC